CGGGAGCGCGGGUCGGAGCGCGCCGUUUGGCCUGUGGGGAGCGGGGCGGGCGCGGCAGGAGGCCGUAAGCGCUGUUAACCGGCGUUAACCGCCGCCCGCUCCCCUCAGGUGCCACCCCGCCGCUAUAAUGAGCAGCGAUGCCCGGACCUGUGCCAGCAGAAGCAUGAAGAGGAGGGUUGCCCGCCUCAGACCGUCGUACUCCACCAGCUCCGAAAGCGAGGAGCCCCUCAGUCUCUCCAGUUGCUCCCCGCUCUUCCCCGCGUCCCGCCUCAGCUCUCCGAGCGGCGAGGAGGAGCGGGCGGAGGCCUCCUGGAGCCGACGAGGCGAUAGGAAGGAUGAAGGCUCUGAAAUAGCAGAGGAGAAUAAAGAAUCACCCCUGAAAGAUAAUUUUUCACCAUGGGAAGAGUGGUUCAUUGGCAAAGAGAAGGAGCUACGUGCCCGCUUACAAGCUAGAGCUGUGGAGGAAAUGAAUAUACAGCGUGAGAGGAUGAAGCAAAAGCAAGAAUGUGAAAAGAGGAAAAGGAUAGCUGAAGAGAAGCACAAGGAAUGGGUCCAAAAAAAAAGAGAAGAGGAAAGAAGGGAAAGGGAACGAAAGCUGAGCAAAGAAAUGGCAGAAAGAGCCGCAAAGGAACUAGAAAAAAUGCAAUUACAAGAAAAGGCUGAGGUCAAGUAUAAAGAAUGGUUAAAGAAGAAGAGAGCUGAAGAGGCAGAAAAGAAGAAGAAAGAGAAGGAAAAAGAAAAAGAAAGGGAAGCUGAGCUACAGGAGAAGAAAGCAAGAGCAGAGAAGAUCUUUAAAGAAUGGCUACAUAAUGCUAAAAAUAAACCACGCCCUGCUUUAAAUGGUUAUGGCUUCUCACACAGGAAUUCUACAGGAUGUGCUGUUGGAAAUUUCUAUCCAGCUCCAGCAUAUUGUAACCCCAUUCCAUGGAAACCCAUACAUGUGCCUCCUCCAAAGGAAGACAGUUUUCUUACCAUGAAGAAGAGUAAGAGGCCUAUAUCUUGUCAGGCACGUGUGUCUUCACCUGUGGUAAUUUAUAAUCCCAAGAACAAGUCUUGUAUUGGAUCCUUGUGCAAAAAGCAGUUAUAGUACAGAAAACAAAGUUAUUCUUAUGAUCCUGAAUGGACUGAGCAGAAAAUAUGAAGUUAUGUGUAGUUUUAUACCCAAAACAGGCUGCUUUUCUAAAAAUCAUUUUUGUGGACAGGUUUUAUGUUUACAGCUAACUAACCAGCUUUUUUGUAUGUUUUUUUUUUUUUUAUAAGUUGCAUUUUAGUGAAGAAAACAAAGAGAAAAAGAAGAAAAAAGUCACAUUUAGCCAAUUGUAAUGGGUCUGUACCUCAGUGCCAAUAAAAUACACAAGAUUGUAUCUU